AUGUCUCCAGAGUUCGAAGCUAGUCUUUUGCGGAUACUCGAGAACCAAACCCGAAUGCUCGAAGAAUUCACCCGGCAACGAAACGUUCCAGCUCAAACCACAGGCGAAGGAUCCAGUCAACAGAACGGUCAUCAGAAUCCGGAAGAUCCACGCCGGCAGAACCAGAGCGAAUUUGUGAUCGAAUCCCUGUCAAGCGGAAUCCACGAAUUCAACUACGAUCCGGAAGCCGGAAAAUCAAAAGAAGUGACGUUUGCUGAGACGGUCAACACACUCAAUUCCAUCUUUGGCCGUCAUACAUCACUUUUCAAUCUGCGAUACCAGUGCCUCCAGCUCCAGAAAAACCAAUUUGACGACUUCUACACGUAUGCCGGUAUCGUCAACGAAAGAUGUGAAGAAUUCAAGCUGUCCGAAAUUGAUGCCGACCAGUUCAAAUGUUUGCUCUUCGUGUGUGGCCUUAGUUCCUGCAAAGAUGCCGACAUCCGAACGUCUUUACUUUCAAAAAUCGAAAGCUCCAACCCUACAAUGCCGAUGACGCUGCGUUCGUUGGCUGAGGAAUGCCAGAGACUUCUGAAUUUGAAACGGGACACUGCGAUGAUCGGAAGCACCGGAAACAAGCCGUCCGUACACGCUGUGAAGCACACCCACUACCGGAAAUCUUCGAGCCAACUGCAAUCUGAAACGCCCAACACGCCUUGCUGGAGAUGCGGUGAAAUGCACUAUUCCAAGUUUUGCCCAUAUCAAACACAUGAGUGCAAAACUUGCAAACAGAUUGGGCAUAAAGAUGGAUAUUGUGCCUGUUUCAAACCGAAGUCUCGCCGGAAGAGAAACAAUAAACCAAAGCGACCCAAAGCCCAAGCCCAAGGAAUAUACUCCGUCAACCAGGUGAACAUCGCAGCCAAACGGAAAUUUGUUCAUGCGGACAUCAACGGCACAGCUGUUAAGCUUCAACUGGACAGUGCAGCAGAUAUCAGCAUAAUUUCUGAAGAGGUCUACAAGCAACUAGGCAGUCCGCCUGGUAAACAACCAUCAAUCAACGUUGUCAACGCUUCAGGUGACAGUAUGGGUCUUAUUAAGGAGUUCCCCUGUACAAUCACCCUACACGACGUGGCCAAAGAAGGAAGGUGUUUUGUCUCCAACGCAAGCGGUCUGAAUUUGUUCGGUGCUGAAUGGAUUGAACUAUUUGGUCUCUGGGACGUACCGUUCAACGCGGUGUGUCGUCAGAUUUCUACAAAAUGCUACCCUCAAGCUGCUCAGCUAGUCGAUGGCCUUCAAAAGAAAUUCGUCAACGUUUUCAGCGACCAACUGGGACUUUGUUCAAAGAAGAAGGUUUCCUUAACAGUCAAGCCCGGUGCCAAGCCAGUAUUCCGACAGAAACGUCCGGUUCCAUACGCAUCAACCGCCAAGAUUGAAGAAGAACUCGAGCGACUUCAAAACCUGGGCAUCAUCACACCGGUUUCGUAUGCAGAAUGGGCCGCUCCAAUUGUAGCUGUGCGCAAACCCAACGGCAAAGUGAGGAUUUGUGCCGACUAUUCUACAGGCUUAAAUGAAGCACUCAUCCCGAAUCAACAUCCACUUCCGCUUCCACAAGACAUUUUCGCAAAGUUGGCCGGCAAAAAGUUUUUCUCACAAAUCGAUUUGUCGGACGCCUAUCUUCAAGUCGAGGUCUGCGAAUUUUCCAAAAAGCUGUUGACAAUAAACACUCACAAGGGUCUGUUCCAGUUCAACCGACUUUCUCCGGGGGUAAAAACUGCAUCAGGAGAAUUUCAACAUAUUGUCGACAACAUGAUCGCUGAUUUGGAGGACACAAGCGGAUAUCUCGACGACAUCAUCGUGGCAAGUGACACUUUGGAGGGCCACAUUUCUGAAAUCGAGCGGUUGCUACGUCGCAUCGAAGAGUAUGGUUUCCAUCUGAAAAUCGAGAAAAGUACUUUCUUUAUGCAACAAAUAAAGUACCUUGGUUUCAUAAUUGACGCUGCCGGAAUCCGUCCUGAUCCAUCGAAGGUAAAAGCUAUCAUCGACAUGCCAGCCCCCAAAGAUGUUUCAACUUUACGUUCGUUUCUUGGAGCAAUCAACUAUUACGGGAAAUUCGUCAGGUCCAUGCACGAUUUACGUCACCCGUUGGAUGCCCUGCUCAAGAAAGAAGUCAAGUGGAACUGGUCGGAAGAUUGUCAAAAGUCGUUUGACAAAUUCAAGAAACUGUUGCAAUCCGACUUACUUCUGACCCACUACAAUCCCAAACUGGAGAUGAUUGUAGCAGCUGACGCGUCGCAGUAUGGUAUUGGUGCUGUUCUACUGCACCGUUUCCCCGAUGGUUCCAUCAAGGCAGUUUGUCACGCUUCUCGAACACUCACAAGCGCUGAGAAAAACUACUCCCAAGGCGAAAAGGAAGGAUUGGCCCUCAUUUUUGCCUGCACAAAGUUCCACCGUAUGAUUUUCGGCCGGCAUUUUACCCUCCACACCGAUCACAAGCCUCUUCUUGGUAUUUUUGGAUCCAAGAAAGGUGUGCCGGUCCACACAGCAAGCAGACUACAACGGUGGGCACUCGUUCUUUUACAAUACGAUUUCAAGAUCGAGUUCAAAUCAACUGAAAGUUUCGGGCAUGCAGACGUCUUAUCAAGAUUGAUUGGACAACAUUCCAAGCCAGAUGAAGACUACGUGAUCGCUAGCAUGCAACUUGAAGCCGACAUACGCAGUGUACAAGCCGAAUCUGUAGCAGCAUUACCAGUCGAUCACCAGAUGAUUUUGCACGAGACCAAACAGGACAGAACCCUCCAAAAGGUGCUCCAGUUUAUCCGUAGCAAUUGGCCAUCAUCCACAUCCAACGCUGAUUUGCUGCAAUUUUUCAAAAGGAAGGACUCAUUUUGCGAAAUCGACGAAUGUGUCAUGUGA